GCGUGCACUUUAUGUCCUUCUGAAGACACUGUAGUUUGCAUACGUAAUACGUAUGACGUCAACGAAGCUGUUGAAUUUGAAAGACGGGCGCGUUUUUCAACAACUGUCCACUCUUUGAAGUUUAUCUUUGGUGUAAUUUAAAUUUACCUUUUUGGGGAAAUGGAGACCAGUAAAGAAUCGCCAUGUGCCUAUAAAACCCCCCGUAAGCCUUCAAAAGUGAAAAGUCCAGUCAAUUCAUGUGGAACCCCAGUCACCAUACCUGCCUCUCCUUUCAUGAAGAAGCUUGGCUGUGGAACUGGAGUCAACGUAUAUCUCAUGAACAGGAUGGGAAAGCACAUUCAUUCACCAUGGGCUAUUAAGAAGAUCAACAGCAAGUGUGCUAUGAGUCAGAUGAGUGUCUAUUCGAAGCGUCUGACUGUGGAGGCAAAGAUCCUAAAAGACCUGCACCAUCCCAAUAUUGUUGGUUUCAGAGCCUUUACCACAGCAAAAGAUGGCUCUAAGUGUUUAGCAAUGGAGUAUGGUGGAGAGAAGUCUUUGAAUGACCUCAUUGAGAAAAGAAGAGAGGAAGGACUACAAGCUUUUCCUGUGGCCACCAUUGAAAAAGUGGCUCUUCAUGUUGCACGUGGGUUACAGUACCUGCACAACGAGAAGAAGCUUUUGCAUGGAGAUAUGAAGUCAUGCAAUGUUGUAAUAAAGGGAGACUUUGAGAGCAUCAAAAUAUGUGAUGUUGGCGUAUCUCUGCCACUGGAUGAAAACAUGCAGGUGAGUGAUCCAAAAGCGCACUACAUUGGAACCGAGCCGUGGAAGCCUAAAGAAGCUCUGGAGGAUGGAAUCAUCACAGAUAAAGCUGAUAUAUUUGCGUAUGGACUCACAUUGUGGGAGAUGAUGACUCUUUCUGUUCCUCACCUGGAGUUGCUGGAUACUGAGGAUGAUGAUGAUGAUGACUCCUUUGAAGAGGAUGACUUUGAUGAAGAUGCAUAUUAUGAGAGGCUUGGAACUCGACCGCCUUUGGAUUCAGCCACUCUGGGAGGAGGUUACCAGAAGAUGGUGGAGCUCUUCUGUCUCUGUACCGAAGAAGACCCUCACAAAAGACCCUCUGCCGCUCACAUUGUUCAGGCACUGGAGUCCAACACCUUUUUGGCUGACAAAAGCAGUGAGGUUAUUGUAAUUGAUUAAUCGUUUACCUAUCAAGGUCUUUUUCCAUCUUAAAUAUAUUGUUUGUUUGUUUUUUGUCACAUUGUAAAUACUUGCCUGUUUAGUCAUGUGUUUGUGUACUCUGUGUGUUGUGACAUUUAACUAUGGACAUAUAGAUACUGUAGUGACUGCAAGUGCAAUUUCAAUAAAAUAGUCUGUACUUGAA